AUGGUCUCGCCAUUACUUAUUUCCUUCCUUGGUGCUAUACAGGCCUCAUUGUCGGUAUUAUUGACAAUUGGUUAUGGUGUUAUUGCUGCUCAGUUUGGUCUGGUCACAACGGAGGCUGCUGAAGAAGUAUCACACCUCUGUGUUAAUGUGCUGCUACCUUGCUUGUUGAUCACGAAACUAGGAUCCGAGUUACAUCUCGACACGGUAGUGAACUAUGUACCUAUUAUUAUCUGGGCUUUUAUUUUUACUCUCUCAUCUAUUGCUAUUGGAAAAGCAACCGUAGCCUUUUUUCGCCUACCAAAAUGGGCAUUACCUGCUAUUGCCUUUAAUAAUACCGAAUCUCUCCCUCUACUGUUACUUCAGUCGCUUGAAACCACUGGAGUAUUGGCAUCUUUGGUUGGUGCGGGUCAAACAUCUGACGGAAUUGAGCGAGCACGCACGUACUUCCUCGCCUGUUCGGUUGUCAAUAAUACUAUCACAUUUAGCCAAGGUGCAAAAUGGAUAACUGGCGAGCAAGAUGAGCAGGAUGAUUCAACAGACUCUGAAAGUCAACAAUUUCAGGAAAACGGGCAGGGUUGUCAUUCACCCGUCGAUGAGAACGGUGAUGAUUCAGAUGACCCUAAUGAACGCACAUCCCUUCUCCCUAGGAAAGUCGUGUCCUGGAAGCGUAGGAUAAAAAACAAGCUUAUCUCGCAAUUUCAAAGUUAUUUUCAAGCCAGCCCGAAACCCGUUCAGACGAUACUCACGGCUAUUGGGACGUUUGCUAGCCCACCGUUCAUCGGCGCAACCAUCGGUAUAAUAAUAGGGCUCACGCCGCCUUUGCACCGACUUUUCUUCAACGACAUGGAUGAAGGCGGAUAUUUCAAUGCGUGGCUCACUUCCAGUCUGAAGAACAUUGGAGAACUAUUCGUGUCUCUCCAAGUUAUUGUCGUCGGCGUCAAAUUAAGCUUAAGCUUGCGCCGAAUGAAAGAAGGCGAAGAAGCAGGUACACUGUCUCUAAGUACCGUCCUUUCCGUGACCUUCGUCAGAUUCAUACUCUGGCCAGCCAUCAGCAUUCCCCUCAUCUGGGCUUUAGUAGCUUACACUGAUAUACUUCCUAAUGAUCCCAUGUUAUGGUGGGCUUUAAUGAUGAUGCCUAUUGGUCCUACUGCGAUGAAAGUUCUCGCGUUAGCUGAUAUCAGUGGAGCGGACCAGAAAAUACGAAUGUCGAUAGCUAAGUUCCUUACGGUUUCCUAUAUCAUUACUCCUAUAGUAUCGUUUGCAGUUGUGGGAGCUUUAGAAGCCGCGAAAGCUGCAAAGGAAUAA